UAAACCAUGGCAAAUAACUAUUUCCACGUUAGCGUUUUUCUUGUUGUUAUUUAGACGUUUAUUAACACCAUGGAAUUCAAAAUAUGACUAAUUUAACUGCACAGUAUCACAUACUUACCCCAUGUAAUCUUUAAUUUGCGUUGGAGACAGGACUUGGUUGAUAGCUAGUAUAUAGGUGACGCUAGCUAGCUGCUAAGGUUAGUUAUGGCUAACUGUAUGGUUUUCCACACUCAAAUAGCCUCCAUCAUGGAGGUGCUAGCGAAUGCAGCCGUGGCAGAGAUCUGUAAACUUGUAGACGACGACUAUGCAGUGUUUCGUUUGGAAAUAACUCAAAGCCAGAAAGAAAACAGGGCAUUACGGAGGAAAUUACAGCUACAAGAACUGAAGGUAGCACGGGAGCGCGUCCUCGCCAGUCGUCCCAGUAGUGUCAAGAUCCUCGACAAAUACAGAGGAAUGGCAAGAGGUGAAGGAAAUCUCACUGGAGGCCACAGAAGCUUUGUAAAGCCAGCAGGACACAAUACAUGGAGACAUGACCAACCAAUCAUUGUUGAUGAGGGAAGUGGAACCUCAACCCAGCACGUUAUUGUGAUAGAGUCUGCAGAUACAGAGGCUGCAGGUCCUGGAGUCAAGCAGGAGAGGUCUGAAGGAGAGAAGGAUCCACAACACAGCAGCAACAUCCAGACUGGAGCGCCCCAUGUAGUCACGGAGGACCCCACCACCCCAGCGCAGCCCAGGGACAUCAGUAGAACGCCGAACGCCGUCCUCAAGUCUGAGACAGAGACUUUAAUGAGGCUGAGGAGACUGGGCUGUCCUCCUACUCCCCGCUCAGAGUAUUUACUUUACGGUAACCCGAGCCAUAGGACGGUUCUGUCCCAUCGGGAUUCAGGUGACGCGUCACAGACUGGCAAUGAUCCGACCUGUUCAUACGCUACAGAGACAGAGAUGAUACCUGGUGACGUGCCUGUGGGCUUAGAUACUAAUCCAAUAAGAGGGGACUGGAACCAGUACAGUAGUAGUGUAUACUCUGAAGGGUUCCUAGAUAAGAAAGGGGAUGGUCUGGUUGUAGAUGAGGUGACUGUGAAAGAGGAGGGUGACGAUCCUCUGACAUGGAAUGCAGACCAGACUCACUUAGGAGAAGGACAGUUGCAGAGCAACACUAGUGACUUUUUAGACUACAGGGAAAGCUUAGAGCCAAAUCCAAAUAUCGCAACCCACUCCCCUUUACACGCGCUCAGGGAUCGCGACCCAGUGUCCACGUCGAUGGCACCUUUCGAUUCACACGGCCGCAUCCUUUUCGAUCAGGUAUUGAACUCAAACGACAAGGCUAGAGUCCAGGCUGGGGAAGGGGGAGCAACAUCAGGCGGUACUAAAGAGAAACGGUUCUUCUGCAUGUUCUGUAAUAAAGGCUUCAACUGCCCUCAGAAGGUGGAGAUCCACCAGAGGGUCCACGUAGGGGUGAAACCCUUCAGCUGUAGCCAGUGUCAAAUGCGCUUCUCCCAGGCUUGGAACCUGAAGAUCCACCAGAGGGUCCACACAGGGGAGAAACCCUACAGCUGUAGCCAGUGUCACAUGAGCUUUGCCCAGACUUGCAACCUGAAGAGGCACCAGAGGGUCCACACAGGGGAGAAACCCUACAGCUGCCCCCAGUGUGAGAAGAGGUUCUCCCACCAGCACCAGCUGAAGAUGCACCUAAAGGUCCACACGGGAGAGAGGGCCCAGUAUUACCCCCAGACUAGCGGUCACGAGUCAUGACCUCAGUUUAAUUCCACGUGACUCACGGUAACUAGGCUACUCCAAAACUGCCCUCUGUAAAUUAAUGGCUCUGAUGGGCGUUAGAAGCCUGCCAAACUUGCUAACGGCCAUCAAUUUGCUAAUAGCCUGAUACUCAGCGCUCUAGUUAAAAUGAUAAAGUGUUGCAUUCUGAAAACACAGGUGUAUUGACCAUGACAUUCAAUUUCAAGUUCCACAUUUUUUAUUUAAAUAGACUCGCUGCUAUUAUCCGAAACGUCUCAUCCAUCCUCCAAACCACACUCUCUCUCUCUGGGCUCUGAGUGAAUGGGAGAGGAGAGUAAAAUGCAUUGUGAUUGCAACAUUUCAAAUUGCAAUUGCGGAACAAUUACAGUUUUAAAAGCAAAUAGGCCUACUGUUGUGACUGUUGGAGAGAGGAGGGUCUCAGCUUUCUGUAGGUAUUACAUUUAUUUCUCAACUCUCAAUAUGGACCGCUGGAGCACCGUUUUUUAACCAAAGUAUCUGGUAGGCUAUGGCUUUGAGAAAUAGCUUAUACGGAACGGUGCGCAGGAAGCGCACCUCUGCCAUUUGCAGUGAUUGCGUAAGCCUAUAGACAUCAUUGGGUAUGCUGCAAAGUUUAAGACAUUACAUUAAUCAAUUACACAGCUAACUAGCGGCAUAUUAUAUUUAGCAGUCUAGCUAAUGCAUAAUAGGGGGAAUUCUGACCAGAGUUAAGCGCGCGUAAAUGGAACGCAAUUCCCUUAAGUUUGAGAAUAGUAUCUAGAUCUAUUUGACCUAAUAAUCGCUGGAGACAAAUGUGAAACCAGUCAUAUGGCAGUACUGAAGCAUAUCUACAUAUCACUUUUCCCACAGAAAAGUUUAUGAAAUGUUGUGCCAUUAUGCAGAAUUUAAAUUGUACAGCCUUUUAACUUUCAGAGAGGGGCACACUCUAAUGUCUUAAUUAUUGGCUACCCUGACCUUCUGUUUCCUAUUUCUAUCAUGUUAAAUAUUAGCCACUAUCAGUAUCAACCGUCAGUAGGCCUAAUAACCACGCAUAUUCAACUGCCAAUUCACUGUUAGUUCCCUUCAGUUGGUAUAGCCUACAUAGUCAUUACAUCGUUUCGUUUACCUUCAUUUGCUUCCUCUGUAAACACUGCCACGGCCGUGUGCUUGUUGCUGAGGAUCAUUAGUAACAGUUGAUAAUGUACAUUUUUUUUUUAGGCUAAUUAAGUUAAUUAAAGCACUGUUUUCUUACAUUUGUGUGGUAAGGCUCUCCAAAAAAAAUUCCACGAGUGCCUAGGGUUCAUGAAAAUGUAGCCUACCUAAAAAUAGCUCUGUCGUUAUUCAAAAUGUUAAUUGUAGGCCUAUGUCCUCAUAGUUUUUUUGGGUGGGGGGGUGAAAUUUGGAGAGCCAAGCUAUAGGCUUCUGAGCGCUGAACCUACCAAGUUGAUUUAUGCGCUAUAGAAUGUUUUAAUUUUAUGCCCAGGCUUUUCUCUGUUUAUUUUUUAUUUUUACAGUUUAUAAUGUUAAAUAUUAUCCAUUAAAUCGGGAGCCACUGCCAGUAAUACCCACAUUAAUUUGUAACUGUCACUUUAGUGUUAGUUUCUUUCAAUUUGUAGCCUACAUUUCACAUCCUUCCAUUGCCAUUCUAUUUACCUUUCUUUCCUCUGUCACGUCCUUGUAAAUUGUUCCAGAGAGUCGCUAGCAUUAGUGGCUCAUAUUAGGCUUACGUUCUGCAAUAAUUUGGGAGAUGUAGCCUAUUUAAAUCAUUAUGGAACUCAGACCACACUUAGCAGUUUAAACCUGGAGCCUGGUGCACCGUUCAUGAUUACUGGACCAGUCAUUAGGCUACAAUUCCAUGAUUAGUGAGGGAUAAUGUAUUUAUAGGAAUGUUCUUGAACCCCUAUUGUACAAUUUUCUCACCUUCCAAUAUCUCAUAGUUUGAACUUGAAUAUGGCAACUUUCAGGAUCAAUAUUUUGCGUGUAAAGGCUCUCCAAACCUGUUUUUUGUGAUUCAUAAAUACUUUCCUUACCCUAAAUAAUCUACAAGAUCAGAGUAUUUUUUAAAUCUACAAAUUGGUGCUG